UUUUGAAUGUCUUUAACAGUUUUAGUGUCAAAGAUGUGGAAAGCAGUGGUGACCCGUUCAUCACUCAACAACUCACGUUCCACGCUUGAGACCAAACAGGUUUAAACUGAGAGAAUGCAGGCUCUUCAGGUUCUGUCUCUGACUCUGCUGUCUGUGCUGGCGGUCAGUGCUCAGUCCAUCAGCUCUGGAAAAUGCCCACAGCCUCCUGUUCAGCAAAACUUUGAUCCUACAAGGUACAUGGGGAGAUGGCAUGAGAUCUUGAAGAUUCCUGCCCCGUUCCAGUUGGGAGAGUGUAGCCAAGCCACUUAUACUCUGAGUGAUGGCAUUGUCCUGGUUCGAAAUGAUGAGCUUCUUGCUGAUGGCACUAUAAACUUCAUUGAGGGAACUGCCAAGAUUGCAGAUGCAUCAGAGCCUGCCAAACUUGAAGUCAGCUUCUUUGAAGGUGCUCCUCCGGCCCCCUACUGGGUGCUGGCCACUGAUUAUGACAACUACACCCUGGUUUACUCUUGCUCUGAUUUUGCUGGUCUCUUUCAUGCCGAGUUUUCCUGGAUCAUGAGCAGAACCCGCACACUUCCUAAAGAGACCGUCUCUGAGCUGUUGGACAUCCUCAAAUCCCAUGGCAUCAGUACUGAGAGUUUUACUGAGACUGACCAGAGACCGGAGCUGUGCAGCGUUAUGCCUUAAUAGAGCGGCCUUAUUUAAUGAACUACUGUGAGAAAGAAAAAAAAAACCUAUAUAAAUGUAAGUUCUUUACAUACAAUAUUUUCCUCCAUCAGUGGACUGUUGCUUGAGAAUGUGAAUGCAUAUCUGCAAAUUAAAUUUCUUUCUUCAAACCGUUUGAAUGGUCUACAAAAUA